AUGCUAAUGCUCUAAAUAAUCACAACUCUUCUCAAAAUCUAUGCAUUUAUUUGCUUAGCUGGCUUGACUUCUUGGAUAAUUGCUAUCCCACUUUACUUCAUUUGCGACUAAGUAAUAUAAUUCUCACUUUGGUAUGCAUUCGGCUUGCAAAAAGUAAUGGAGGGGUCAGACACAUUAGAACUUAUACAAGGAAAUUUAAUGGUGAUUCUCAACAUUGAGACUGAUGGCCAAGUAGAUUCACUGCAAAGCAUAUCCGAAUAGUUUUUCAGGAAUAGUGAAGACAUACCUGAGUUAAGAUCUAGAGUGGUGAAAUUCCUAAAUAAUAUAUACCUCAAAGAAUAUAAGGGUGAAGAACUGCAAAAAUAUUGGGCUCAAGCAUUUGUAGAGGUUCAGGAUAAAAUACACACUAAAAAUGAGCUGCUUGAAUUCACAAAUAAGAUAUCAUACAAAAAAAUUCCGAACGAGAAGAUUCAGUUCAUUCUGUACUUGAUCAAAGACUACUAACCUAAUUCAUCUGCAAUAAUUAUGUAUAUAAAUCAUGGAAUUGCAGACGGAGUAGCCUCAUUCAAUCUUUUAAAUUGCUUGCAAGACAAGUUUUAAGUCGAUAAUCAACCAUUGCAAAAUACUAAAUCAUCAUCUUAAAAACUCUAAGAACUGAAAAAUUGCCUUAUAUUUCCUUAUUACGCUCUUAUGACAUAGCCAUCAACUACUUAGGAUACUGAGGUAUUUGAUGAUAAAGAUAAACCCCCUUCCUUUGCAAUUUGUAAAGAUUACGAUUUAUAGAUUAUCAAAAAUCUAAGCAGGAAGUUUUAAUGUACCAUUAAUGACAUAAUUUGUAAUGUAUAUCUUGAGGCUUAUGCUUAGUAUCUUCAAGAUAAUAAACUUUCUAUUCCCAAAAAUUAUAAAUGCUGCAUUCCUAUCAACCUAAGAGAGCCUAUGAAAUCAAAGAAAGAUUUAUCCUUAUUUAAUGUGCAGAUUCCACCUGAAGCCUUUCUCAUUGUGCCACAAUAUUUAGAAGAUCUAUCAAAUAGAGAUGAGGAAUUUGAGUUAACAUUGAGGAAAAAUAAGCAAAUAUUUGAUGGGUUAAAGAAAAUAAACUAUGCUUGGUCAAUAGUGAUGGGUGCGAGAUUUCUAGGCUUUAUAUUGCCACCUUAUAUUUUAUCAUUAGUAGGGCCUUCAUUUAUGUAAUUCUCUAGAAGAAACAUAUCAAACAUCUGUGGUCCCUCAAAGCCAUACAUUAUCGGAGGAGUUUAAACAAAGAGAAUGCAUUUUAGAGGAACUUUUCAUGGCCUAAUAGCUGCAAUCAACAUUUUAUCACACAAUGGAAUAUUUAGGAUAAGUGCUAAUAUGGACAGAGUAGACAUUAAUGCUAAACAAUUGAUUUAGAAGUUUGAAGAGUCUCUUGAUUAUUGGAUAAAAAAGAAAUUGUGA